AUGUCGAGACCAUCAGAAGAAGACCAUCAACGCUUACUGGCCGUCCAUGAUCAGAUACCACCAGUACCAACGGCUCGCAGCAUAUCGCGCCGUUUUAUCGUCGGUCUGAUCCCAUUAUACUCUUUUUUCCUCCUCGGAUCGGGGGUUUGGAUAGGGAGAUAUUUAACCUUACAUCCCAAUAUUACAUGCUUGGAGUAUUCUCAAAAGUGGUCCCCAAUUAUGGAAGAGCUCGAUAAUUCAUACCAUACAGUCCAGUUCAAUGGCUCCCUUUUCAAGGAAAAUACUUUCCGUCUGCCCGCCGGCCCAGAGGUUGAUAAGGCCUGGGAUUCUCUAGGUAUAAAUUAUCGAGCAUUGGCUCUUCCAAAAAGCCAAGCAGCAAGAUCAGGUCUCUCGCCUGGACAGGUCCAGAUAAACCCUGCGUACGGCGGUGGGUUUCCAACAAAUGUUGAAGGCCUUCAUCAUCUCCAUUGCCUAAAUCUAGUUCGCCAAUCUCUUUACUAUAAUAUAGAAUACUAUCGUGCUCAGAAGAAAGGUGCCUUUGUCAAUGAUGAAAACGUCAUUCGUCAUCAUAUAUCACAUUGCCUUGACAUUAUCAGGCAACAGCUAAUAUGCACGCCAAACACCAGCCUAUUAGGUCAAGUCUGGUGGGAUCCGAAGGCGCCAAAAGCUUUUGUUGAUUUUAACACUGAGCAUGAAUGUAAAAAUUUUGAGGCCAUUCGAAGCUGGGCCGAGAAGAAGCAGAUCUCGGAACAUGUCCCCAAAGAUUUUUUGCUUCCUCCAAGGAGUAAAAAAGAUGUGUAUGAAGAAAUACCAUAA